AGUGCUACAUGCACUUCCUCAUUGGCAGGGAGAGCAAAGUGUUCCCACACCAGCGACGUUUGAGACAGAAAUAACACACCGCGGGUUUCGUUUUAUUUCAUCUUUUGAGCCUUGCAAAUGUCGAAGCCUCCUCCCAAGCCGGCCAAGCCAGGCCAAGUCAAGGUGUUCCGAGCACUGUUCACCUUUGACCCCAGAACGCCAGACGAGCUGUUCUUUGAAGAAGGAGACUUUUUGUACAUCUCCGACACAAGUGACAGUAAUUGGUGGAAGGGGACGUGCCGAGGAAGGACAGGACUAAUUCCAAGUAACUAUGUGGCUGAGCAGGCAGAGUCUAUUGACAAUCCAAUGCACGAAGCAGCCAAACGAGGCAAUCUGAGCUGGCUGAGGGAAUGUGUGGAAAAUAAGGUUGGAAUCAACGGGUUGGAUAAAGCUGGAAACACUGCGCUUUACUGGGCAUGCCACGGAGGACAUAAAGAUGUGGUGGAGGUGUUGCUAAGCCAGCCCAAUGUGGAGCUCAACCAGCAGAAUAAACUUGGGGACACCCCUCUGCAUGCUGCUGCCUGGAAGGGUUAUUCUGACAUUGUGGAAAUGUUGCUGACCAAGGAUCCAAGGACAGACAUCAGGAACAAUGAGAAUAAGCUGGCUCUGGAGAUGUCCACCAACCCAAUGUGUGCUUCACUCCUCAAGAAGAAGCAGGGAAACAACAUCACACGCACACACAGCAACGCUGAAGAGUAUUUGGACGAUGAGGACUCGGACUGAGCCCUCCCUGUCAAAACAUCAUCACUGUCUUCCGUUUGGUUUUGGGGGGGAGGGGUUUCGUGGAGCUCGGAGACUUUUAUUACAGACCUAAAAUGGAUUUGCUGCUCUCUUUCCAACUGUAACUCCAUUUUAGUUCCAUUAUUUUGUGCAUCGCCUCAGUGUCAAUCUCAAAGCUUUGAAUUGAGGCGUUUUACAGUUUGCCAUAUGCAUUUCAACCUGCAGGGGAUUUGUCUUGGAUUUUGCACACUGGGGACGGAGGGGCAUAAUAUAUGUUGUAAUGGAGAAGGCGCCAAAGCUCUAAGAAACGCAUUCCAAACAUACAGAUUGUGUUUAACCCAUUUACACUGGGCAUUAAAGUGCCAGUGCAGAUUAAAAGAUUGGUCUGGUUUGUCUCUAGUUAAGUUUUAAUGCUCCACUUGAAUUAAAGAACCACAAAAUCACCCAAAAGUAAUUGGAAAUGCGUUAUGUCCUACAGCUUGGAGCGCUAUUACAUUACAGUCAUCACAACUAAGCACAAUUUAGAUCUGUUAUUGUACAUCUGGGAGGCAAUGCUACAUUUGUAUUUAACCUUAAUAUUUCCUCUUUAAAUGGAAAUUGCUGAGGGACCCAAUGAGAUAUUUUUCUGUGUUAUCUGCUUUAAACGGGCCUGAUAGGGGGAAUGUAUGGCCUUAAUAUUUCAUUAUUUCAGGUUUCGAACUGUUCUAACACCUACACUGCUAUUAAUGAUCAGUUCAGUUUAAUAAAAAAAUGCAACUCCUGUAAAACAGACUUUAAAUUACUCUUUCAUCUUUCAUAUUUUUGGUGGUGUGAUUUCCAUCCUGGGAGCUAUUUUCAUUUUUUUUUGCUGCUUUUCCUCACAUUUAAUAUAUAAAGAGAUAUAUUAACAUGCCUUAAAUAUGUGUGACAGAAAGUUUGUCUUUGUUAUGUAUCAAUGUGAACAUGCUUUUGUCUUCUGAGGUUGUGAAUUUCUAAAGAUGAUUUUUUUCUAGAUAUCUAUCUGCUCUGUCUUCAAUAAAAGAUUUUUAACUUAAAA